AUGAAAAUGCUCCUCCGGUGUCUAGAAUGUUUCGCGUCGAACGCUUACUCCUGUUUCUCAAAAGCAGCGCUGACGUCUAUGGCGGUAGUCAAAGUCCUGGUGACAAUCAGCAUCAUCGUAAUAGUAGCCGUCAAGCUUGAGGACGUUCGCGUCGUAAUGCAGGUCCCCGACUUAACCACCGUCGAGGGCCUCAAGAACCUCACAGAUAGCCUCAUGGCCAUCUCCGGUGGCGGCGAAAUCGCCGUGAUGCAGCUGCCGCCGGGAGCGGCAGCAUCAGACGCUUCCUCUCCCCCCAGCCCGCCCUUCGCACCUUUCGGUUCUGAAACCACGGACUUCAACGGGGCCGCCGGGCCGUUUCACGUGAACGCGUCCUGUCUGCUGCAGAAACGCGGCGUUCCCCCCCAAAUCCACCACUACACCCGGACCAUGUGCUCUUACGUGUAUGCGGUCAGCGGCCUGAGCCUUCUGGCCACCUUCGCCAUGGCCUGCCUGCUAUGGUGUACGUGUCAUCUAUGCGGCGUUGGUCCCAUCCUGGAGCUGUCAUUCGCGCUGUUGGGCACAGCUUGGUGGCUGGCGGCGGCACUGGUGCUGCAGGAGAACACGACGGUGUCGGUGGACGCCCGUGACGCCGUCAAGCAGUUUAUUUUUGGCGACGCCAUGUCGCCGCCGCCCCCGCUGGGCCCGGAGUCAUUGCCGCUGCCGUCGCCGCCGCCGUCACAACCGCCGCCGCCUCUGGGCCAUGACACGGCGUCUCAGCUUCAGGCUCUGAUGCAGCAGUACAUGCCUCGGAGCCUCCAGCAGUGGCGCCAUGCCCUUGUGGGCCUGUGCUGGGCCAUGAUGGGCAUGUUUGCGGCGUCCAGCGUGCUGAUGCUGAUUGAGGCUUGCGGCUGUCUAUUGGAUUGCUGCACGUGCGUGUGCCGGUGCUGCUGCUGUCCCAGCCGGCCAGAGAGCAGAUGGCGCACGAACUUCCGAAAGCGGAUGCGAGCUGGGGGGGAGGAGUACAUGGAGAUGAUGGGCUGCUGUUCCGAUUUGUGCAGAAAGCUAUUUGUAGGGCUUCUUUCCCUGAUUAAGGUCGGUGUUUCUACAGCGAUUAUCGUCAUCGUCGCCGUCCACCUUUAUAAAGCCGAUAUUACAUGGAAAAAAGGCGACCUGCCCGAAGUGAAACCCAGCUGCCUGAUGACCGGCUCCGUACGGGGCGAGUCGGUAUGCGAGUACACGUUUGCCGUGUGCGGUCUGUCCAUGUUGCUCUCCAUGGUGACUUCACUGCUGCUGUGCGUCACGUGUGAUUUGUGCGGGUUGGGCGACUGGUUCCAAUUCGCCGUUCAAGGACUUCAGACGGCAUGGUGGGUCAUUGCCGCCAUCAUCAUUUCUAAGAACGUGCGUGACAGCAACGAGUACGAAGGUGUCGGGCUUCCGAAGGAGGGCUGGCGGGAUGCGGUGGCGGUUAUGUCCUGGGUGAAUGCGGGGAUCGCGUUUCUGUGCGCCGUCAUCUUCCUGAUACAGGUUAGUGUGAGUGUGGGGGGUUUGGGGGCUUGCAAUUGCCUUAGGAACUGCUGCUCCUGCUGUUGCGGAGGCGACGGUGACGGGGACGACUACGCCAAAAGAGCUAACGUCGUUUAG